AAACAUUUAUGUCUAAUUUUCAUAGUGUUGCCAUAUGUGCUCAAUAAGAUCAUUCCUUGGAUGUCGGUUUUAUAGAGAUCCUAUGUAGACUGAAUAUAGGAAAGCCACCUUUUUAUAGCUGCAACUUAUGACUGAAUUCAAAUUCACAUAGAAGACAUGCAGACCGAAUGCAAAUUCACAAGAUAUGCAGACGUGUGCCACUAUUGGACAGUUUCACAUAAGAAACAUGCAGUCAUGCGCAAACAGUGGACAAGAAUGCGCAGAUAGUUUCACAUCUUGGCAUGUUUAAUUAGUUCACAACCAAAAGGUAAUUGACCAUAAUCAAAAUCAAGUGAACAUGGAGAUAUAACUGACAGAAUGUGUGCAUUCAGUUAUCAGUUUUCACAAGCUGAUAGAAACAUUCAGUUUCCAUGGAUGCCGCCAGCAAAGCGCACCUCCGUUGUGUUGGCCCUGGAUGUGCUUGCCUCGUCGGGAUGCGCCCUACUAGGACUGCCCCGCCGUGCGGCCUAGCUUGCCGACGCAGGCCAGCUCUUCCUCGCCGGUGCGGGUGUGGUCCGCCAUGCCCUCGUCCUCGCUAUGCGGCUCUGCUCCACCUCGCCCCGCCCCGGUGCUAUGGUGCCUUGCUCGCCCCGCCGUGCCCCAGUGCCGGCGCUGCUUGCUCGCUGCUCGCCCUCGCGCGUGCAAGCCGGUGAGGACAAAGGGACGGAGAAGACGGCCUUCGAUUUUUUGCAUGAUUUUUCACCUCACGCGCGCGCGCGCAGUUGGAUCCGCAUGGUGUCGACUCGAGGCGACGACUCCGUACUACGCGAAGCCAGCCGUCGAGUCCGCCUGGGAGCACGAGCCCUCGCUGUCGUCUCACGACGCGACGGCUUCACUCUCUCUCCUGCGAAAGAAGGACGAUUUUGCAAAACUACGUCGCGGAGAAGACGGCCAGCACGGCCGUUGUACGUGCCCUAAGUGGAUUUCAGUUGGAGAUGGAAAUGACAGAUGCUUUGAUGGAAGUGUGUCUACAGUUCAUGUGUUCAGGCUGGAAAAGGAAGCACCUGAGAAGAUAGCAAGCAGCAGUGACAGAUGUAAGCCUGUCUACAACUGCAAUCCUUAUUGUGUUCACUCUAUUGUACUUAUCCAGAUUUUCACUCUAUUGUGGGUAUUACAUUUGCCUGAACCUACGCUGGAUUAAUCUUUCUCUAUGUUUUUUUGACAUAGUGUUAUUCACCUUUGUCCCAAGAGAUCUUGGACUUACUCAGUUACUUGUAACAUGUAAUGAUGUAAAGGCUUGUCUUUCUUUUUUGUCUAAAGAUCCCUGUUCCCCCUGCCCCCUGGUUCAAGUGUAUCCGUGUAUGAGUAUGUUUUAGCUGAACUAGAACAUGCAGACUGGGAAGGAUCUUUAUAUAUAUUUGUGUACUUUACUGUCUCUAUUAUUAAAAAAAAUCAUCAGUUCAAAUA